AGUCCUGACCCGGAAGUGACACCCCCAACGACUUCCUGUGUCCAGACCGGCAACAUGGCAGCGGACACGCAGGUUUCAGACACGCUGAAGAAAUUUGCUUUAAAAGUGACUACAGCCAGUGUGAAAGAACGCAAGGAGAUUUUCGGAGAGCUGAAACAAUGUUUAAAGGGUAAAGAUUUACCAGAUCCUGCCAUAAAAGGCAUUUGCAAGCUCUUCUGCCUCACUCCUCACAGAUAUCGGGAUGCUGCUUCCCGCCGAGAGCUCCUCUCUGCCAUUACGCAGCUGGCGGAGCGUCAACCCGACAUUCUGGUGUUGAGCCUUCUCCACUGCCUUCAAACCGGCGGACUGGUCAACAAAAACGGAGAGCCGGGGAAAAGCACUGGCUCGGCUUCCUUUAUUGGCCUCUCGUGGACUUGUCUUCUAGUCCCCGCUGUUUUUUCUUCUCCAGAGAAGAGAGAUGGACCCACCUGGAAUAAAAUGGUGCAGGUUCAGAGCUUGCUUGUGGCUGAGGUGCUGGGUGGAGCAAAGUCCACCGCUCAGAAGUCCAGCCUGAAGACUCUGAAUCGUCUCUGUGAGGAACAUCCUGGUUUAGUUGAUCAAUACAUUACUACCUUGUUGAGUCUGGACCCGAACCCUGCAACUCUGGCUAUGCUGGGUGUGUGUCUAGACUUCUGCACAGCUCAGAAAGAUAAAGCAACAAUUGACAAACAUAAGAGUGCCAUGUUGGACCUGUACAUCAAGACCGUCCUAAUGAGCAAGACUAAAACACAACAGCACAUUGUGGACAAAAGUGGCUCCCUGUUGCGCCAUGUCUCCCACUCUGAGUUUAAGGAACUGCUUCUCCCAUGCAUGCAAAAGACAAUGCUGCGCAGCCCAGAAAAUGCCAUGCAAGCGGUUUCCUGCCUGCUGUCUGCACUGACUAUUGAUCUGAGUCAGUAUUCCAUGGAUAUUGUAAAGGCCAUAGCAAGUCAACUAAAAGCAAACAAUGCGCAGCUAAUGGAGGACGCAAUCCAGGCCUUGAAGAACUUGGCCCAACAGUGCAGUGACCCCAGCGCUGUACAGGACAUUGUAACACACCUUUUCAAGAUCCUUGGAGGAUCUGAAGGAAAACUCACAGUUGUCACCCAAAAGAUGAGCGUUCUGUCAGGGAUUGGCAGCUGCAGCCAUCAUGCUGUGUCAGGGACCUCAAACCAAACCCUAAGCUCUGCUGUUGCAUUGAUGUUUAUCCCUUAUCUGCAGCAAGAAGUCCACGAGGGCACCUUGGUGCACGCUGUGUCGGUGCUUUCCUUGUGGAGCAGCCGGCUUACUGUGGAGAUUCCUGCUGCUCUGUUGGAUUGGUUAAAGAAAGCUUUUACCCUCAAAACAUCAACCUCCCUUAUUCGCCAUGCCUACAUCCAGUCCAUGCUGGGCUCAUUUAAAGGUGACACCCUGGCCCAGGCCUUAGAUUUCAUACCACUGCUGUUGCAAACCGUGGAGAAAGCUGCAGCACAAAACUCCCAGCAUGCUCUGCUUGCUGAAGCCGUGGCAGCUUCGGUUCUUUUGAGCCGACUGGCUCUGCUUGAAACAGUGACAGAGACAAAAUUCUCGAGCUUUUGGAACUUGAUCUUGGAUAAAAAGAAGCCACUUUUCACGACAGAGAAGUUCCUUUCCCAGGCCAAUGACGAAACUCAGCUGACUGUACUGCUGCUUUGCGAAAGACUUUUCCUGGACCAUGCCCAGAAACUUAACAAAUCUCAGAUGUACCACAGUGCUACAGUAGCUGUCCUUCUGUCUCAGAGCUGGCUCGUGAGGAAGAGGGCUAAACAGACAGUCAAGAAGCUGCUCCUGUCCCUCGACGGCUCUAGCCUGGCCCAUGGCCUUCUGGGAGAGCUCCGAGCUGUCAUUAACAAACACAAAGUUUUGCCCCAGGAUGUCUUGAUGUCAGAGUCUGGAGAGCAAACUGAGCUCGGUCGCAGCUACAUUCGCCCACGUGUUCUCUUGGACGCGCUGCAUGUCAUUUGCUCCUGUGCCACCCAAUGGGGUGAUCCGAGGCAGUCUGAGAACUUGGCUAUGGAGAUCCUUUUAGUUUCUCAUCAUCCAUCUUUAGUCGAAGCUCGCCGUGGACUGUGGCCCGUUCUGCUCUCCUCCAUGGGCAUAAAAGCAGAAGAGUUCAUAGAAAAUAAUGUUGACGCUAUUCUGCCACAUCUGCUGGAGGUUACCGCCGACAAACAGGUCGUGCAAAAUGCUGUUGGUGCCCUUUGUUGUCUCUCUCCUGACAAGCUGUUGCCUCGUGUAAUCAGUCACGUCACAAAGGAGCUUAGCCAACCUGCUCUCAUUCACAUCACCAAGGAGGAGUAUGCCAUCAUGCAGACACCUGAGGGUGAACUCUAUGACAAUACCAUAACUGAGAGUGCCCAGAAGGAAAACAUCAAGAAGGUCAAUAUUAAGAGAGAAAACAAGGCAUACUCCUACAAGGAUCAGAUCAUUGAACUUGAGUUACAGGAGGAGAUGAAGAAGAAGAAAGGUAUUAAAGAUGAAGUACAGCUCACCAGCAAACAAAAGGAAAUGAUUCAAGCGCAACGUGAGAAAGAGGCAUCUAUUCGCACAAGACUUCAAGUGCUUGAUGUAGAGUUGCAAAGGGCGGUGGGUCUCCUAGAAGCUACUCUUAAAGAGAGCCCACCUCAGAUUACCAGGGAGCUACCUCAAGUCCUCCAGGUUCUGUUGCCUCUGUUGCACUCACCUCUGGCUGCUCCACGAAUCCAGCAAAUCUUCUUGGACAUUGGCGUGGGCCUUCUACCGCAUCACCUCCAUCCUCUAGGUGUGCUUGUUGGACAUGUGACUUUACGACUGCUGAAGCCGCUGUGUGAUCUGGAUGUGGCCUGGGAGCAGGAGGACCUGGACAAAGCAGUUACCCGCACUAUACUGCUGCUGCAUAACCACACAGUCCCACAGAGAGAAAGCAAGACUGGUGAUGUGACCCCACUGUCUGCACCGGCCUUUUGCUUCUGCUUUCCUCUCCUCAACUCCACACUCAUAGACUCGUCGGGCAGCACAGAGGAGACCCUGAUGACUAGAUCUUUGCAAAUCAUCAAUGAGCAUUGUCAACUUCGAGCCAGCACAAAUGAAGAGGUUAUCGUUGAUGAGAAUGGGCCUGAACUGCUUCCACGUGUUAAGAUGUUGCUGCUGUUGAUCAGACUUAUUUCUACUGCCGCACCAAGAAUUCAGGUGCUGGCAUCUCAGUGCUUAACGGCACUGUGUACCAGUGCUGGAGGAGGAGAAGGUUGCACUGUGGCAGAGCAGCCAGAAAUAGACGUCCUGCUCAAUGCUCUCCUUUCACCUUGCUUCUCUGUCCGUGAUGCUGCUCUCAGGGGCUUGUUGGAGAUGGAGUUUGCGUUGCCGACAGACAGCACAGAGCAAAGUGGACUGCAUUUGCUACGAAGGCUUUGGAUUGCUAGGUUUGAUGUGGAAGAAGAGGGUCGAGUUUUUGCUGAAAAACUCUGGGAAUCUCUUGAUCUGGAGUUGGUCCCAGAGCUCUGCUCUCUCCUGAUUAGCGACAUCACCCACCACGAAGAGGCUGUUCGUUCUGCUGCAGCUGAAGCACUGUCAAGUGCGGUUUCUCAAUAUAAAGACCAGUCAGCCCCAGUCCUUGGACAGCUAACUGAGCUUUACCACAAAAAGCUUUACAGGCCGCCACCUGUGCUGGACACCUUGGGUAGAGUCAUCUCUGAAUCUCCCCCUGACCAAUGGGAAGCAAGGUGUGGCAUUGCUCUUACUGUGAACAAGUUGUCACAGUACCUGGACAACUCUCAGGUAGCACCACUUUUCCUCUUCUUUGUUCCUGAUGCCCUGAAUGACCGCCAUACUGAAGUGCGCCGCUGCAUGUUGGACGCAGCCCUCUCAGCUCUCAACACUCAUGGAAAGGACAAUGUUAGCACCCUGCUGCCAGUGUUUGAAGAGUUUCUGAAGAACGCUCCUCAGGAUGCCAGCUAUGACGCUGUCCGUCAGAGCGUUGUCGUUCUCAUGGGCUCUUUGGCCAAACAUCUGGACAAAAGUGACCCCAAGGUUAAACCCAUUGUGGCCAAGCUUAUCACUGCCCUUUCCACACCGUCUCAGCAGGUCCAGGAAUCUGUAGCCAGCUGUUUACCUCCUUUAGUGCCUGCCAUCAAAGAGGAUGCUGCAGGAAUUGUAAAAAACCUGCUGCAGCUGUUGCUGGAGAGUGACAAGUAUGCUGAGAGGAAGGGGGCAGCCUACGGGCUGGCUGGCCUUGUCAAAGGGCUUGGGAUCCUGGCUCUCAAACAGCAGGAGAUCAUGGCUACUCUGACUGAUGCCAUUCAGGACAAGAAAAACUUCAGACGAAGGGAAGGAUCACUCUUUGCUUUUGAGAUGCUGUGCAACAUGUUGGGAAAGCUCUUCGAGCCUUAUGUUGUCCAUGUACUACCACAUCUUCUCCUUUGCUUUGGAGACGGAAAUCAGUAUGUCAGAGAGGCUGCUGAUGAUUGUGCCAAGGCAGUGAUGAGGAACUUGAGUGCACAUGGUGUGAAACUCGUCCUCCCUUCGCUGCUGGUGGCUCUGGAAGAAGAAUCAUGGCGUACUAAAGCAGGCUCUGUGGAGUUACUGGGUGCCAUGGCCUUCUGUGCACCCAAGCAGUUAUCUUCCUGUCUCCCUAGCAUUGUUCCCAAGCUGACAGAGGUGUUGACUGACUCCCAUGUGAAGGUGCAGAAGGCUGGUCAGCAGGCUCUAAGACAAAUUGGCUCUGUCAUCCGUAACCCUGAAAUUCUUGCUAUAACACCCGUCCUGCUAGAUGCUCUAACCGAGCCAUCCAGACGAACCCAGACAUGUCUUCAAACCCUUUUGGACACUAAAUUUGUACACUUCAUCGAUGCCCCUUCCCUUGCCCUGAUUAUGCCCAUUGUCCAGCGAGCCUUCCAGGAUCGUUCCACUGACACUCGUAAAAUGGCUGCUCAGAUCAUUGGCAACAUGUACUCCCUUACUGACCAGAAGGAUUUGUCGCCAUACCUACCUAGUGUCAUUCCUGGACUGAAGACUUCUCUAUUGGAUCCAGUACCUGAGGUACGCACAGUGUCAGCCAAAGCACUGGGGGCCAUGGUGAAGGGAAUGGGUGAAUCCUGCUUUGAUGACCUGCUGCCGUGGCUCAUGGAGACGCUGGCCUCUGAGCAGAGCUCUGUAGAUCGCUCUGGCGCAGCCCAAGGACUGGCUGAGGUGAUGGCUGGGCUUGGUGUGGAGAAGCUAGAUAAACUGAUGCCAGAUGUGGUGCAAACUGCUAGUAAGGUGGAUAUAGCCUCCCAUGUCAGAGAUGGCUACAUCAUGAUGUUCAUCUACCUGCCCCUUACGUUUGGAGACAAAUUUACUCCUUAUGUCGGACCCAUCAUCCCAUGUAUCCUCAAGGCUUUGGCUGAUGAAAAUGAGUAUGUGAGAGACACUGCUCUGCGAGCUGGCCAGUGCAUUGUUAGCAUGUAUGCAGAAACUGCCAUUGCACUCCUACUUCCUGAACUAGAACAGGGGCUGUUUGAUGACCUCUGGCGAAUCAGGUUCAGCUCAGUCCAGCUGCUUGGAGAUCUGCUGUUCCAUAUUUCUGGAGUAACAGGAAAAAUGACCACAGAAACCGCAUCUGAGGACGACAACUUUGGAACUGCUGCAUCGAAUAAAGCUAUCAUUUCAGCUCUAGGUGGUGAGCGGCGUAACCGUGUCCUUUCUGGACUCUAUAUGGGCCGUUCAGACACCCAGUUAGUGGUUAGGCAGGCGUCCCUUCAUGUGUGGAAGAUAGUGGUGUCCAACACACCCCGAACCCUUCGAGAAAUCCUCCCAACCCUCUUCACCCUACUGCUGAGCUUUUUGGCCUCCACCUGCCCUGACAAGAGAACGAUCGCUGCCCGGACACUGGGUGAUCUGGUGAGAAAGUUGGGGGAGAAGAUUCUCCCAGAAAUCAUUCCCAUCCUUGAAGAAGGUUUGCGCUCCGACAAGAGUGAUGAGAGACAGGGUGUCUGUAUCGGCCUCAGUGAGAUCAUGAAGUCCACCAGCAAAGACGCUGUGCUGGUUUUCUCUGAGUCUCUGGUUCCCACAGUGCGAAAAGCUCUGUGUGACCCUCUGGAAGAAGUACGACAGGAUGCAGCCAAAACAUUUGAGCAGCUCCACGUUACCAUUGGUCACCAGGCGCUGGAUGACAUCCUGCCUACUCUCCUCAGACAGCUGGAUGACGAGGAGACAGCAGAGUUUGCCUUGGAUGGACUCAAGCAAGUCAUGGCAGUGAAAAGUCGAUCUGUGCUGCCCUAUUUGGUGCCAAAGUUAACGGCUGCUCCUGUGAACACACGUGUGCUGGCCUUUCUGUCAGCCGUGGCUGGUGAUGCUCUGACUCGCCACCUGGGCGUUAUUUUACCUGCCAUUCUUUCCUCACUUAAAGGAAAAUUAGGAACAGAAGAUGAACCUCAGGAAUUAUGCAACUGCCAAACCGUGAUCCUCUCAGUGGACGAUGAUAUGGGCCAGCGUAUUAUCAUAGAUGAUUUAUUGGAGGCCACACGAAACAGUGACCCUGGGCUCAGACAGGCCGCCGCUACUAUCUUAAAUGGCUACUUCGCCCGCACACGCCUUGACUAUAGUGCCCAUACCCGCAACCUGCUCUCUGGCCUUAUCCGCCUCCUCAAUGACCCCAACACUGAAAUCCUGACUCAGAGCUGGGACACGAUCAACUCCAUCACAAGGAAAUUGGACGCAAGCAGCCAGCUGGCUCUGAUUGACGACCUUCAUCGAGACAUCAGAUCAGUAGCUGCUGAUGUAAAGGGUCAACAUCUGCCUGGUUUCUGUUUACCCAAGAAGGGUGUUACUUGCAUACUGCCUGUCCUGAGAGAAGGGGUCCUAACUGGUAGUCCUGAGCAGAAAGAAGAAGCAGCCAAAGCAUUAGGAGGGGUCAUCAAACUUACGUCCCCUGAGGCCCUGAGGCCCUCUGUGGUCAACAUCACAGGUCCACUUAUUCGUAUUUUGGGUGACCGCUUUGCUUGGACAGUGAAGACUGCGCUGCUGGAGACUCUCACCCUGCUGCUGGCAAAGGUCGGUAUUGCCCUGAAGCCUUUCUUGCCACAGCUGCAGACCACCUUUCUUAAGGCUCUGCAGGACACAAGUCGUGCAGUGAGGUUAAGGGCUGCUGAAGCUCUGGGCCAACUGGUUUCCAUCCACACAAAGGUGGACCCGCUCUUCACGGAGCAACUCUCUGCCAUUCGCAACGCAGAGGACUCUGGAGUGAGGGAGACAAUGCUACAAGCUUUACGGUUCGUCAUUCAAGGAGCUGGAUCAAAGGUGGACCCAAACAUCCGCAAGAACAUCAUUACCACAUUACUAGGCAUGCUGGGACAUGAUGAGGAUGCAACUCGAAUGGCUUCAGCGGGCUGUGUUGGUGAACUCUGCCCGUUUCUGUCAGACGAAGAGCUGAAGAGCGUGUUGCUUCAGCACAUCUUGGCGGAUAUGUCAGGUGUGGACUGGAUGGUGCGUCACGGUCGUAGCAUGGCUUUGGCCAUAGCUGUCAAAUGUGCGCCUGCAAAGCUGUGUGGGAAGGAAUACAGCGAUAGUGUGACGGAGACCAUUCUGACCAACGCCACUGCUGACAGGAUCCCCAUUGCUUGUAGCGGGAUUAGAGGGAUGGGAUUCCUGAUGAGACACCAGCUCAGCGUGGAUGGAAGCAGUAAUAUUUCCCAGCGCAUCAUCACGCAGUUUGUCAAGUGUCUUCAGAACCAGUCCAGCGACAUCAGGCUUGUGUCCGAGCAGGUCCUGUGGUGGGUCUUUCAAGAUCCAGCCACGCCUGCUUUGGAGACCGGUCAGAUCAAGUCUUUGUUGAAGACACUUCUAGACAACACCAAGGACAAGAACACCAGCGUGAGAGCCCAGAGUGAACACACCAUCGUCAACCUGCUCCGACUGCGACAGGGAGAAGAGUACUUCCAGAUGAUUACUACCAUCCUGGAUUCGGCAAGCAACGACCUUCUCUCGGAGUGUCACCGCCGCUCCUUGAAGAAGAUUGCCAGCCAGCCAGACUCCAAUGAAGAGAUUGAUGACACCAUACUAACGUGAUCGAGCUAUUGAGGUCAUACAGUAGAUGGACUGACAUGCUCUCCAGAGCUUCAAAACACACUCGUCUGCUAAUGAUGCUCCUUAGCGUGGAGACUGUUUUCCCACACAGGAACUCAACAUACUCGCCAGCCAGUACACACUUCAGUAAGAUGUGACGUGUAAUUUGCCCUCUCAGCUUUCUUCACACCUUUUUUUCUCUCAGCAAAUUCACAAUUGGAUUAGAGGAUUAUGCAGUCAUGUUUUUUUAUUUUUUUUUUAUUUGUAGUUGUCUAUUUUGUUAGGCUUUGAAUUUAAUUGUUUUCAGUUAUCUAAAAGAACAUGUGAUUGCGGAGCUGCUGAGAAAUAGUUUUCACCCCUGAAAUGACCCAACACAGAUUCUUUUUUUAACGGGCUGUCGAAAUACACAAUGUGCUGGUUGUCUUUUUUUAAUGUGCCACAAGUUCCUGUGCUGCAAAACAUCUGCUGAGCCUUUCAAUCACACCAUCCCCCGACCGACUCUUUGAUUAUUUUAAUGGCCUUCAGCCCCAAUUUAUAGCUCAAAUAUUUUACAAAAUGUGCGCAGCAACAAGUCCUGUGCUGAGGUUUUGAUUUUUUUUAAUUUUAGUAAAAGGAAUUUACAAUUCCAAUGAAUUCAUUUUUCACCCCAAGUUUUUGUCAAAAUUACAUAAGACAUUUUGGGGAGGGGUGUCUCUAACAAGACCAUUGUUGUGGUUGUGAAACGGCAGUAUGAAAAUAAAAGUACCUAAUUUCA